CGAGAGGUAAGCAAGCAUGAUAAGGAAGCGAACAAUCGAUCGAAGCGCCAAUCGCCCCCGUUCAAAUCUAUGGCAAAAGUGUACAAACCUCCGAUCUCUGAAGCAAAUUCACGCGUCUAUGGUCGUGAAUGGCUUCUUGUCCAAUAUUUCGACGGUAAGAGAUCUCAUUUUCUCUGCUUCCGUAGCAAUUCCCGGCGCUCUCAAGUACGCCCUCCAAUUGUUCGACCAAAUUCCGGAACCAGAUAUAUUCAUGUGGAACACUGUGAUACGUGGCUGUUCUCAGAGCUUGAAAUCGGACAAUGCGGUUCAUUCGGUUUCCCUGUAUACCCAGAUGGAGGAACGUGGCGUAAUUCCCGAUAGGUACACGUUCACAUUUAUUCUAAAAGCCUGUACGAGGCUUCAGUGGAGUACUACUGGAUUUGGGAUUCAUGGAAAGGUGGUGAGAUAUGGGUUUAUAUCAAAUGCUUAUGUGAGGAAUACUUUGAUUAACUUUCACGCCAAAUGUGGCGAGUUGGAUAUUGCAAACGGGCUCUUUGAUGAUUCUGCGAAAGCUCACAUUGCUGCCUGGUCUGCUUUGACCGCUGGGUAUGCUGAGAGAGGGAAGUUGGUGGAAGCAAGGAGGCUUUUUGAUGAAAUGCCAAUCAAAGAUCUGGUGUCUUGGAAUGUGAUGAUUACUUGUUAUGAGAAAUGCGGGGAGAUGGAUAAAGCAAGGGAGCUCUUUGAUAAUGUCCCAAAGAAAGAUGUUGUGACAUGGAAUGUGAUGAUCUCAGGAUAUGUCCGUUGUGGGUCUCCCAAGGAAGCCCUGAAUAUGUUCAAGGAGAUGAGGGAUGUGGGUGAGCACCCAGAUGAAGUGACAUUACUAAAUCUGUUAUCUGCUUGUGCAGACUUGGGAGACUUGGAAAAUGGGAAGAAUCUUCACUCCUCCAUUUUAGAGAUGGCUUCUGUUUCAGGUUUUGGAGAUGCGAGAACUCCCAUCUGGAAUGCACUUAUUGACAUGUAUGCUAAGUGUGGAAGCAUAGAGAGAGCAAUGGAAGUCUUCAGGGGAAUGAAAGAUCGAGACUUGUCAACUUGGAACUCUUUGGUAGUUGGUUUGGCUCUGCACGGUCAUGCGGUGGAAACAAUUGACAUGUUCAACGAAAUGCAGAGCUCGAAAAUCCGGCCCAAUGAGGUUACUUUCAUUGGAGUUCUAGUGGCAUGCAGCCAUGCAGGUAGAGUGGAUGAAGGGCAUCGAUAUUUUAGUCUCAUGAGGGAUGUGUAUAACAUUCAACCAAACAUAAAGCACUAUGGAUGUAUGGUGGACAUGUUGGGACGAGCAGGACUGUUAAACGAAGCCUUUGAGUUUGCAGAAUCAAUGGACAUUGAGCCCAAUGCCACUAUAUGGAGAACCCUUUUAGGUGCUUGUAGGAUUCAUGGGAAUGUAGAGUUAGGGAAGCAAGCCAAUGAGAAUUUGCUCAGGAUGAGGAGCGAUGAGAGUGGUGAUUAUGUGCUACUUUCCAAUAUAUACGCUUGUAGUGGUGAGUGGGACAGAAUGGAGAAAGUGAGGAAGAUGUUCGAUGAUACAGGAGUGAAGAAACUGGCUGCUUGCAGCCUAAUUGAGGGGGACAAUGACAAAGCGAUGCUGAAAUCUUUACUCAGCUCAGAACCAAAACCAAGACAUCAAAUUUCUUGAGUUAAAAACAAAGCUUGCUUGCAGAAGGCUACAUCUGUAAGACUGGCUGCAGUUUAAGUUCGAGCAGGUUUGCUCAAAAGUCAUUUGAUGAUCACAGAGUCUUUGUCUCAUAUAUAGGCAUGGACAAGAUGUAAAUGUCUAGAACACCAAAAAGGAGAAAGGACAAGAUAUCUUGUGAACAGAUGAUUAAACACAACUUUGAUGGAG